AUGCCGGCGCAGCUUGCACAGCGGCGUUGGCUAGUGGCCGUGGCCGCUCCGGUGGUGGUGCGUCCCGAGCUGGCCCCGGACCAGCGGCUGUACGACGCCGCCGACCCCGAGCUGAGGGCGGCGGCCGCGCUGCUGCAGGAGGCGCUGAACGCCUCCGACGUGGGGCGCGAGGAGGCGUUGUACGGCGGCCUGGACCGCCCCUGGGUGGCCGAUGUCGUCGGCCGCGCUUACGGCAACCGCGGCAACGCGCGCUCGCGGCAGGGCAAGCUGCAGGCGGCCCUGGCGGAUUACAACACCUCCAUCCAGCUGUGCCCCUGGAGCGUGGACCCGGUGCUCAACCGCGGUGUUGCACUGGAGGCACUCGGACGCUUUGAGGAGGCGUGCGCGGACUACCGUUCCGUGCUGGCGGCGGCCCCUGACGACCCCAGUGGAUGGAACAACCUCGGCAACGCAAGCGCAGGCCUGGGCCGGUGGGAUGAGGCGGUGGACUACUUUGGCAGGGCGGCGGCCCUGGCCCCCUCCUUCUCAUUUGCCAGUGCCAACCAGGCCCUCGCGAUGUACCAGGUUGGCAAGCGCGACCCUGCCAUGCGCCAGAUGCGGGCGCUGCUGCGGCGCUACCCUGAUUUUGUCGACAUGAGGGCGGCCCUGGCUGCGGCGCUUUGGGCUGCGGGCAAGGAGGGCGAGGCGGAGACCACAUGGCAGCGCGUGGAGGACGCCAGGUACCGCGACGUAGCGUGGCUGGCGGGGCAGCGCCGGUGGCCCCCGAGCCUGGUGGCAGCGAUGGACGCACUCAUAAAGCUCAAGUCGGUGUGA